GGAAAUCGGAUGGCUGAGUAAGAAGUGGUCGUUCAGAAGAUUGACGAUCGUGGCUGAGGAUUUCAGCGUGUCUAAAGAAAUGGAGUUGGUACAGAAGCUGUGGCGGUCUGCGAUGGAGAACAUGUACAGCAACUCAAAUGUUGCUGCAUUUAAGAAUUCUCGUCUUGGCCGGUACUUAGAUGACCGUCCUUUCAUUGCUCUAACACUCCUGGUGUUCGUUGCAGUGUCUGCUGUUCCUGUUGCCUUUUUCCUCAUUUUUGUUAUUACAACAGCCAUAAUGUCCUGUAUCAGUGUGAUGGUCAUGGAAGGUUUUGUAAUAACUGUAGGUGGCAUAUUCCUCCUUUUUGUGCUGUUUGGCCUGGGUGCACUUUCAGUGGGAGUUUCAGGAAUACUGAGUGGUGCUUACAUGGUUAUUUCAACUCUGGUCAACCGCCGGUACUCUUCAAAGGGUCCAGGAAAGAGAGAAGAAGCUAGCAGAAGUUCAUUACAGAAGAGCGCUCCUGCAUUGGAUCUUUAUGCCAGUAAUGGAAAAUGA